GGCAGGCGGGCACCUAGCCGCGAGGCGGGCGCCGCCAUGAACUCGGCGGUGGUGCGGCGGACGCAGGAGGCGCUGGGCAAGGUGAUUCGGAAGCCGCCGCUGACGGAGAAGCUGCUGAACAAGCCGCCGUUCCGCUACCUGCACGACAUUAUCACUGAGGUGAUUAGGAUAACUGGCUUCAUGAAGGGCCUCUACACAGAUGCUGAGAUGAAGUCAGAUAAUGUCAAGGAUAAAGAUGCAAAAAUUAGCUUCCUACAGAAGGCCAUAGACGUGGUUGUGCUGGUGUCAGGAGAGCCCUUGUCAGUGAAACCAGCCCGAAUAGUGGCUGGACAUGAGCCUGAGAGAACAAACGAGCUGCUUCAGACAAUUGGAAAGUGCUGUCUCAACAAGCUCUCCAGUGAUGAUGCAGUGAAGAGAGUUUUAGCUGGAGAGAAGGGGGAUGUGAGAGGAAAGACCUCACGGACCUCGAAAUCUCAGGAAUCAGACAAUAAGGAUGUGAAGGAAGAAGAGUCCAGAGCUCAUAAAGAGGAUAGAAGAAGCUCUGAAAUAAAGGAGAGAAGUACAAGCAGAGAGCGAAAACAGAAGGAAGAAUUGAAAGAAGAAAGCAAACCACGAGAAAAGGAAAGGGACAAGGAGAAGACAAAGGAGAAUGAUCGAGACCAACGUAAAGAUCCUGACAGGGACAAGUACAGAGAAGGAGAGAGAGAGAAAAACAGAAACAGGGUCAAGCAGGAGAAAGAGAGAGAAAGGGACAAAGACAGAGGCAACAAAGACCGAGAUGCAGAACGGGAAAAGGAGAGAGACAAAGGGAAAGAAAAAGAGAGACUGAGAGACAGGGACCGCGAGCGUGACAAAGGAAAAGACCGGGAACGACGGAAAGCCAAAAAUGGAGAGCACUUCAGGGGCCCUGACAGGGAGAAGAGCAGAGAGCAGGAUAAGUCAGAGAAGAAGUCAUCAAACUCUGGAGAGAUGUCUAAAAAGUUGUCAGAUGGCUCUUUUAAAGAUUACAAAGCAGAAACAGAGGCUGAGAUUUCCAUGAGCACAUCCAAGUUGACAUCAAAAACAUCAAAGCGGCGAUCCAAAAACUCAUUGGAAGGUGACUCCCCCAGUGAUGCAGAAGUGGAAGCUGGACCUGCUAGCCAAGAUAAGUCCGAGGGGUCAGAGACUGCAGAAGUCCCCGGGGAGCUCUCUUCCAGUGUCAGAAGAAUAUCUCGGCCUGGGAGUGCAAGACCAGCGCCUCCCCGGGUCAAACGACAAGAGAGUGCUGAGGCGUUGGCAAUAGACAGGUCAGGGAGCGGCAAAACCGUGUCAAAUGUGAUAAUAGACUCACAGAAUUCUGACAACGGAGAUGAUGAGCAGUUUGUGGUGGAAGCUGCCCCUCAGCUCUCAGAAAUGUCAGAAAUGGAAAUGGUGCCAGCAGUGGAACUAGAGGAUGAUGAGAAGCAUGGUGGACUUGUGAGCAAAAUUCUGGAGACUAAGAAAGAUUAUGAAAAAUCGCGGCAGGCUCCCGGGCCUGGAGAGAAGGAGAAAUCGCUCGUCUUUGAGUCGGCAUGGAAGAAGGAGAAGGACAUCGUUUCUAAGGAGAUAGAGAAGCUCCGCGUCUCUGUCCAGACUCUGUGCAAGAGCGCACUUCCCCUGGGCAGGACCAUGGACUACAUUCAGGAGGAUGUGGAUGCCAUGCAGAAUGAGCUGCAGCUGUGGCACAGUGAGAACAAGCAGCAUGCAGAGGCCCUGCAGAAGGAGCAGAGUGUCACAGACUGUGCCGUGGAGCCCCUGAAGGCUGAGCUGGCUGAGCUGGAGCAGCUGAUUAAAGACCAGCAAGACAAGAUCUGUGCUGUGAAGGCCAACAUCCUCAGGAAUGAGGAAAAAAUUCAGAAAAUGGUGUACAGUAUCAAUUUGACAUCACGAAGGUGAAUAUUCAGCAUUUCAGAGAGUGUUAACAUUGAAGGAAGAUAGGAAACCAUUGCUCUCAAUCAGUUCAGUUUGCUGAGAAAACAGACUGUGUUAGUACCACUGUCCAGCUUAGUUUUAGAGCUUUAAAACUGAGCUGAAAUUAAAAAGACCUGAAAUUCUUGCUAGUUAUAAAUAGCUCUUCAAAAUGCCUCUGAGAUUUGUUUCUGCAAGCCUGUUCUCUGUGUUUCUGCUGCAGUCUGUCUAAUCCUGUGCCAGGAUUCGCUAGCAGGUUAGUGGUGGCACCCACCGAGGAAACGGCAGCCCUUUAGCCUUCUGAAAGGACUUCACACCUCAGCAUCGCUGUGUGCUUUUUGAUAGGCACUUUAUAGGGGAAUGAGGUCUGGAAAUGAUGAAAUUAUAGGUUAAAUUUCAAUUUGAACAGGGUUAAUUUCAGCUUGCAUCCUUAUAAGGUAGAUGUCAACUGUUUAGGGUUGUUCCCCCUUCCCUUUUAUAAUUGUAUAUACUUCUUUAUGUAAUUUUCUUAUUGGUUCCUCUUAUCUUUUGCUUGCAUGUCUAGCCCUUGACCUUCAUACAUUGACAAGUGAGAUUUCAGUCUGGCCUUUAUGGGUAUUGUCUGACAUGAAGUUGUCAUAGGCUACCUCCUCACUUUCUUCAAAAUUUUGCCCCUGUGUUGUCUCCAGAUGGAUAGUGACUGAGCCCCCUGGAGUGUCUUUAAGAAGAGGGUCUUGCCGAAUGAGGAAGUGACAUCAUUUUUUUUUCUUUGUAUAGGUGUGUGCAUCUAAGAGAUAGGUAGCUUGGGAGAAACCAAAUAAGGAAGACCUGGAAGGCUGUACUGAUUUAUAGAUUUUAUCCAUUUUUUGAAAACUGUUUUUUAAAGCAAAGUUUAGGGAUUGUAAAAAAAAACACAUGGUUUAUACUUAGCUUUUUAAGUUGCAUAUAAUAUUGUAAAUACUUACUCAGGUCUUAAGUUAUUGUAUAAAGGAUUUCAUUGUAUUUGGAGAGAUACUUAAGGGCUUAAGGUCUGGAUCCUGACCCUUCUGUUUCUAGGUAACGUUUAUUGUGCAAACCUAGUGCCAUGUUAAGAUGAGAAAGUUGCUUCUUUACAGAUCAUACAAAUGGCAUGGUCUGGUUUUCCUUGGUACAGUUCAAAGUAAACCCUUAGUGGGUUAGUGACAGGGCUCCCCAGGCCGAGAGUGCAGGGGCUGGUUAUGGAGACCUGCCUGCAGAUGCCCUGGGUAUCUUUGCUUUUAGAAGUGUACCAGACAGUUCCAUUUGUAAGAUUGUAUGAAACAGUUUUGGGGGAGGGGAAGAUUAUUAGUUAACUAGUUCUUAGUAUGCUUAUAAUCUCUUUUCUACUAAAUUGAAUGACUUAGCCAUACCCUAAGUGCACUGUUUUGCUUCAAGUUAAGAUGCAUGCCUUUUGUGAAUUUGUACAUAUGAAUAGAUUUUUUGUGUUGCAAAAUUACAUACAUUAUAUGUGAGUCAAAUUUUGUAUGAAGUA